AGUCUAUUUGGCCCAAGCGUGUCCUGUUUUCUUUUUGCAGCGAGCUCCUAGCGCCCUUUCGUUCAUGGAUGUGGCCAGGCAGGCGGCACGAGCCGUGGGUAUGGGGGAGCUGGUGGACCAGGCUGAACAGGCAGCUGGAUGCUGCAGCGCCUGUCAAGGGUGCGGUGGUUGCGUAGAUUCCUCGUUCUUUGGUACGGUGGCAGACAUCAUGGACAACUUCUCCGAGUGUGGUGAGUGCAUCGGGAGGGUCGCCGGGUGUUUUGCGUCGCCGCUGGCGUUUCCGAUUGUCUACCUCUUUCCCGCUGGGGAGCAGGAUGGCGGCGCGCAGUGGGCAGUCUCGAUGGAAGGUGCGCCGUUGAAGCAGCCGCUGGUCUGCUGCUGCUCUGCGUGCCUACCCUGCCUGGUGCAGUUCUGGGUGCGGCGGCGAGUGCUGGACGAUGACAUGACGCGGUAUGUCUGCUUCCAGGGUCGCCGGGACGGUCCAUACUGCUUGGCGAAUUGUAGUCCCAGCUUGCCGUUCACGUUUACGGCGGGAACUUAUGGUGAGAAGGAUUGUCCUAUGCUCUGCUUGUGCGCGGAGACAACCCUAUGCACGAUGUGCGCGUUCCAGGUGUCCCGGGAAGUGCAGCGCGAAGAUCGCGGUCUGGGGCUCGACCCCACGGAGGUUCGGGUCGCCCAGUGCUUAGCGUUUUUUGGCCCAAUUGCGCACUGCCUUUGUUGCGCUGGCUGUUGCAUCAAGUGCAGUGGCUGCCUGGUGGGCUGCUGUCUUGGACAGGUGGAGGGCGCGCAGGAGUUUGACGACGCCUCACAGCGCCUGGGUCACUCGUGCCAGAACAUAGCGAGCAGCAUUUACCGCGGAAUGCACUGGGUCAUCACGAUUGCAGUCGCGUGCAUGUCGGCGCAGAUGGUUCACGAGUCUUACCAGCCUGUGUCCAGGAGCUGCCCGGGAGCCAAGACAAUCGGCGUGCCGAAGCAGGAGCGGAUGAGCCAAGGCCUGGGGGCGCAGCGGGUCUGAGGGGCGGGCGCUGGCUCUCUCGAGAGGCCCCUGCUCGCCUUGGAGCAGGGCUCGCUUCCCUCUCUGCCCGUCUGGUCGCGCACCGGAGGAG